ACUUUGAUGGCCGGUGUAAUCGUCUACUGGACGCUCCAAUUGCAGAAGCUGCUGUUGAAAAGAAAGAUUUUUUUAUAUAAGAAGAGGAUGGAUGGAGAGGAGAAGACAUAUGGUGGGUGUGAGGGCCCAGAUGCGAUGUACGUGAAGCUGAUCUCCUCCGAUGGCCAUGAGUUCAUUGUAAAAAGAGAGCAUGCAUUAACAUCAGGAACAAUAAAAGCCAUGCUGAGUGGGCCAGGACAGUUUGCAGAAAACGAAACGAACGAGGUGAAUUUCAGAGAGAUCCCAUCCCAUGUCCUAUCCAAAGUCUGCAUGUAUUUCACCUACAAGGUCCGCUACACCAACAGCUCUACGGAGAUUCCUGAAUUCCCCAUCGCACCUGAAAUUGCACUGGAACUUCUGAUGGCUGCAAACUUCUUAGAUUGUUAAAUAAAAUAAAUUAUAACUAAAAAAAAAAAAACAACCAACAAACAAAAAAACCCAACAAAAAUGUAACUUUUUUCAGUAUUUAAUACAUGUAUUUCAGUGAGUAACUUUUUUCAGAUAGCAUGUUGUGUGUGUGCUGUUGAGAGCUGCUGAAGUGCAGCGGCAGGGUGGCUGCUCUCAGCCCUGCUGCAGAUAGCAAUCCUUCAGCUGGAGUUUGUUUUGCUUCUGACACAAAUUAAGGACCUUUUCACAAACAGACAAAUAAACACAUCUGCCAAUUAGUAGAUGGCUAUGCCGUAUCCUUUAGGUGUGGUAGAACCUCCUUCUCAUACCAUGACCAUAGCAAACCCUGGAGCUGAGUUGAAUGCUCUCUCCGAGGUAACCGUAGUGAAAUAUUAGUAGCUGUUCAGAGUUUCUAACCUUCUCUUACUGUUCAUGUUUCUAAACAUCUGAAUUUAAUCUCCUUUGUAAGAUAGCUGUCCUUUAGCAUAGCCACACUAACGAGGUGAGAAGUGUCCUCCCUGACGUUUGUAUUCUAAUAGCAAUAUUCCACUGGGUUGUGCUGGGGCCUUGAGCAACCUGGUCUAGUGGAAGGUGUCCCUGUGGCG